AUGGCCGUUCAUGAAUCCCCGCCACCACCAUUCCCCCCGACAAACUCCUUUGCCCUCUACCCUCUGAGGAGCAUUGCUGACACAACUCGCCCCACCGCUCCAUCCACCAACUCGCGUCCCCUCCCGUCUUUCGCCCUCACCGCAGCUGCCCAUCGUUUAUCCUUCCCCCCCACAAAGACUGCAAAUCUAAACUUGAACCCGCAGCAGCAGGAGCCGGUCAUGCCGCCUCUGCGACCCCAAAUCCCCUCCCACCUUCGCCCCCGACCACAUCCACCAAACGCCAUGGCAGCUGCCCGCCCGCGCGUCCUCUCCAGCUUUCUCCCGCGUACCACUGUUUCCUGGCUCGUCACCGCCCUCCAGAGCCCCACCGUGCUCGCCUCCCUCCUCAGCUUUCUCUCCUGGGCCGACCUACACCCGCUCCUCUGCACAUGCAGGUCCUUCCGUGACACCCUUUUCCGCGACACCGCCCUCCGCGACGUCGUCCUCGCCCGCUUCGUCCCCGGAUACGCGCGUUGUCUGCGGUACCGUGACCCUAACCGUUAUCAGGACGUCCCAGUCUCAGUCCACGAUCUCGAUCUUCUACUGAUAUCCCAGCGGACCGACCAGCAGCUACACCGAUACCCCACCCACGCGCUGCGCACGCUCACCGCGCUCUUCCCCACAUUCGAGGACGACCAGACGUCCGCCCGGCUCGUCGCGCUCACCCAGGCGCACUCGCGGUUUGUCCUCCUCCUCCAGGCGCUAGCCCACAGCUCUGCGGAACCGCUCGAGGUCGAGCCGGAGGAGAUCAAGCCCCGCGCGCGGUUCAUGCCCCUUCCGGUCCAGAGCGUGCGCGAGCUCACGUUCCCGGCGCCUCUCGCCUAUACGCCAAAUACGAGUGCCCAAUCAACUGCGCCACAAACACCUGCUGCGAACGUGUUGGGAAAGGGGAAGUCGAAGCAUAAACAGAGUCGCAGCGCCGACGCGUCGUCGUCGACCACCCCCGCCUCCACCCCGCACGCCCACCCGCACCCGCGCCACGACCGCCUCGCGAGCCUCAGCCUCAAACUCCCCGCACACGGCACCCGCCCGUCGGCCGACAGCCUCUCGUCCAUGAUGAUGUCAAGUACGUCAUCUGGAGCGAAAGGCCGCCGCCUGUCUAUUUUUGCACGCAAGAGCGUCACGCCCCCGCCGCCUGAGGAGCCGCGUGCGCUCAAGAUGUAUGCGAGUAGUUGGAGGAGGGCGGGCUCGGCGUCGGCGUCGAUGAGUGGUGGGUAUGGGUAUGGGUAUGGCGGUGGGUAUGGGUACGACUCGGUGGAUGAGUAUGGAGGUUUUGGAGGGUCGUUGAGGGGCCCGCCGACGCGGAGACUCUGGAGUGCGAGCGGGAGUGCGAGUACGAAUGGGAAUGGGAGAGGGAAUAGCAGGAACGGCAACGCAUCGAGCGACUCGUCGACGUCACAGUCUGCGCGCUCGUCCAUCAUCGGCGGGCACGGGCGCGACAGCCCCAGCUCGUCGUCGUACGCACCGUCGCCGGCAACCACCACCACCUCGUCGCCCUUCUCCUCCUUCCCGCCCUCUGCGCUACCCUCGUCCUCCUCACACUCGACCACCUACCCGUCCUCGCACCCCUUCUCCGCGUCGAACCCCACCUUUCACCCUAGCGCUCACUCCUUUUCCCCUGCCUACCCAUCAUCCCCUUACCCCCCAUCCCAUCCGCACACCCACCCAUCCCCGUACCCGCCCCCGCACUCAUACCACCACCUCUCAUUGCACGACCUCCGCUACGCGACCCUGCGCACGCGUGCACCCGUCCUGCGCGUCUUUGUGCCUACACAGGCGGCGGACGACCCCGGCGCGCUCGAGGCGUGCGAAAGGCAGCUGCAGGCCGCGGGGCUGUGGGCGCACCUGUCGACGGGGGAUGUGGUGUGUAAUUUUGGGUAUGUGCCGGGUGCUGGCACUCCGAACACCUCUGCCUCUACGUCCGCCUACGGUUCGAACGCGAAUGGGAAUGCUAACGCGAGCUCGGAAGAUGGCAGCGAUGAGCCGAUUACUGUCGGUUGGCGGCGGAGCGCGAACAGCAGUAAUGCGAGCGCAGGAGGAGCGGAGCAGCGCACUUGGCUCUUAUUCAACGGCGCCUACCUCGUACCGUACACCCCGCCCGAGGUCCUUCCGCUCGCAGACCCGCUCAGCCUCCCGAGCCCCUUUUAUUACACGCAUAUCCUCCCGCAGGGUGCGAACCCGUUGUUCGUGAUUCCGCGGUUGCCGUAUGGACUUGGGGGGCGUGGGGGUGGUAGCUGGGGUAUGGAGAGUGGGCAGGGAGAGGAGGAGUUCGAUUUAAGGCUGGUGCAUAGCACGACGCGCGUGCCGAGCCCGCAUUCGGCCAAGGGGUACGCGCUGGUGAGGAAGUAUACGUGGACGGCGAGGGUCGUGCGUCCGCCGCGGCCUCCUCCAAAAACCUCCAACACUACCUCCUACACCACCACCAGCACCACCGGCGGCCCUAGCGCCAACGACGUCGGCGAAGGCUGGUUCGGCGAGUGCGUGCUGGAGUACGAGGGCACGAAGGAGGGCCGGCAGACGCUCGUCGAUGCGCUGAAUGGGAAGGAUUUGGGACGGAGGCUGUGGGAGCUUGUUAGGGAGAAGAGCGGCGCGGGGAGGGUUUGGUUAAAGUGA